AUGAGUAGUUUCUUCAUUUCCACUAUCCUCCAACAACCUCUUCUUCCAUUACCAAUAACAAGCACAAGAACCCACAACCCCAUCACACGACUUUCAACCAGAAACCCCGCUUCCAGCGCCGCAGUAGUAUCAAACACCUCUACCACCACAAGAGGUCUAGUAUCAACCCAAAGAACCAAGAUCAUCAAAACAUUCGUCUCCCCAAAAGGCUGCACCAAAAUCAUCCUGAUGAUCACCAUCACUACAAUGCAAGAACCAUUUUUCGACAAGGAAAAGAACUCCUGGGUUAUGCGACGCACGACUGAAAUACGAAAAGUGAUGGUGAGAAAGCGAUUACGUCCGGAUUCCAACGAUAAGAAAAAUGGUAUCGUGAAACGCAAUGCGAGAGGAAAGAGAAGAAAGGGAAGAAGGGGGUCAAAGAGGAGAGACUUCGAUUCAAUGUGA